CGGGAAAGCUCGGUUUGUGCUGUGGUGAGUUCGCUGAAGUUGCUGUAGGAGUAUCGAUAAUCAAUGGAGAAAAUAACAGAGAAACUUUUACUGGAGAGAGGCUCUCCCAAAACCAACAAACUGGAGCAAAUCAAGACGCUGAAUCUCUCUAAACUUGGACUGAAGUCUCAGGACUUGCCGGUCAAGCUGCUGUCCCGCCUCCAGUCCCUGGAGCGAUGGGAUCUCUCUGGGAACAGGCUGCAAGAGAUGCCCAAGAACCUGGAGCUGCCUGCACUUCGCUUCCUGGACCUCAGCGACAACCAGAUGGAGGACGUCACCACUCUGGAGUCUCUAAGCAGCCUGGAGGAGCUCAAGAUGGAGGACAAUCUUUAUAUCACUGUGAGUGAUAAUUACAAGCUGAUGGUGUUGUUGUCCAAGCUGAGGAUUUACAGUGGUAAAGAUGUCAGUACCACCGCCAACCACCUGCGCUACGUCUACACAGAGAACCUGAGGACCAGGAUAAUUGCAGUUUGGGAAAAGAACUUCUGUCUGCCAGAUCCCAUCACAGCGGAGAAAAUGACCGCCUUGGAGGAAAGCUUUGUCAACACUGCCCGCCAACAGGUUAAAUUUGGACCCAGUUCAGUCAGUGACUUCACCAAGUGGAGGGUGGAGAUUAUUGCUAAAGAGUAUCUGCGCUCUCUGACGGAUCCAAAAGAGGAAUCGGAGAGCACGGUGUCCACUGACACUAAAGAGAACUGUGAUGUCUCAACGCCCUCUAAGAGGAAACAAACUGCAUCAGUAAUGGACACCAGCAUAAGGCUGACGCCUCACAAGAAACUGCGCUCAGAUCUCCCAGCCUCCCCAGUUGCAGAAAGUCCUCGCAAAUCCAGCCGCCAACUUCAGACGCUAACUGAGACCAACACAGUCAGGAUGAGCCCCCGCAAGAAAAGUCAGCCUCCUUCUACCCCCACCAGAGGACAGAUGAAGGCAGAGACGCCCAGGAGAGGCUCUAAAGGACAGCAAACUAAAGAUGAAGAUGGAGCUCAGAUAAAACAGAAGAACAGAGCAGAGCUGAAGAGAGAUGCUGACAUGCUGUCCACAAUGAAGAGCUGCAGCAAGACACAGCCGGUGUGUCUGAAGCCUCUCCACGUCCUGCAGUGCCACAGUAAACAGGAUAGCUCAGAGGACUUCUCCACUCAGCUGUGGGCCUGUGCUUUCCAGCCGAUGCCAGACUCCACUGGCACUGGUGGAGGAAGCCGUCUGGUUGCUACCUGUGGUGGAGACUCUCUCUGUGUCAUCGACUGUGAAACUGGGAUGGUGAUGAAGAAGUACAAAGUUCCUGGCGAGGAGUUCUUCUCUCUGGCCUGGUCCACGGUGUUGAUGUCCAGAGGAGGCGGGGCCUCGGCUCAACACUGCAGCAUCCUGGCAGCUGGAGGGAAGAGAGGACUGGUCAAACUGAUCCAUCCCAGAAACAAUGUGGCCUACGGGGAGUUCAGAGCCAGCCGCAAGGCGCUGUCCGUCCUGCGCUUCAACCACCACCAGGGAAACUUCCUAUUCACGGGAUCAUACGACAACAAGAUAGUGAUGUGGGACAUCGGCGGAGUGGACAGUCAGUACAACUUCAAAGUUGUUCAGCUGCUGGUGUUGGAGCUCAGCGCCACUCCUCUGCACAUCUGCCUCCCACCCACUUCCCCCAGCUCACACCUGCUGACUGCCUGUGAGGACGGCCUGUACUGUUUCAACACACAACUCGGCACCAACAACAGCGCGAAGAGGUCUGAUGAGAUGGAGAUAACGUUCCCCAUAUAUAAGAAGGAAGACAAAGACCACGACUACCACACCAUUGAUGGCCUGAGUUUUCUUACUGAUGACAUCGUGGCCUCCAAGAACUACAUGCACGGCUCCAUCUACUUGUGGAGUUGGAGCAGGACCAAGGCUCAGCGGCCUGACAGGAAGGACAGGACGGUGUGUGCUGUGGUUCUGGCUGAGCUGCAGUGGGCCAACACUGAGAUCCCCUACCUGGCUCUCAACACCUGUCCUGGUCGAGCCUACAUCGUGUGUGGUGAUGACAAAGGCAGACUGUGGACAUAUCACGUCACCGACCUGCAGAAGAACAGGCUCCAGACGGGGACACCCAUACCGCCCACUGAGGUGUUGGAGUGGCCAACCCCGGUGAGGAAGGGCCUCGGCCAGGUGGAGGGCCCCUCCAUCAACAGUGUAGUGAUGGACCCUGAGCUCCGGUUCCUGGUGGCUCUCAGUGACAAGAACAUGGUGACAGUGUGGAAGAGGGAGGAGUCGUCCUGAGGAGCACGGGAGGAGUGACGGAAACUCUUUUUGGAAACUUUUUUGGACUGGAAAAAAGCUGAGGACAGUUUACCAAAUUUUGGUAUUUGUGAGGUAAAGGUUGUUUAUCAUAACCCCAACAUGUCACUGUGUCUCAGCCGGUAGAGACAGACUGCAGUGAUCCUGUCUGGGAAUGUUUUUCCUUCAUAGUUUGGGGAAUGUGACUUUUAUGUUGAUGUCACAGUGAGAUCUCUUGGAGGAAGUUACAACCAGACUGAAGGAAUACAACUUUUUUUUUUUCAAAUGUGAAACUUUAUAAAAUUUGCAGAAUUUUAUACUAAUAUACAUAAAAGAAGCUGCUGUCGAGAGUAGUAGUCACGCUUAAGCGGGAUUUAUACUUGUGCUGCAGACCCUAGGCUGUAGCCUAUGCACGUGGUCUACACCGUUGUGAGUUUUUAUACAUGUGCACAGACGAGGUUUCUGUGAAAUGCUGUAAAGUUAACUUGAUUCUAAACACACAUUAAACACACAUUAAACAUGGCUUAAUAGAGACACUUUCAAACACAAGUUCACAAAUCAGCUUCACUAUAACUCGCAGCUUUCACAGACAGACACUUUCCCCACAAAUACAACAUGCUAAUGUUUUUAGCACAAGCCUAUGACAUUUUACAUUGUAUAAAUUAGCCCAGCAGCUAGCUGACUUUUCCUCUACUCAUAUGAAGCCAGGGACAACAGCAACAUUAAACAAAGGUCACGUUGCAAAAUUCAGAUCCAUUACAACUCACAAGGUUCACUGACAAAACAACUGUCUUAAACAAAACACGUUUUCCAAACAAAUAUAACAUGCUAACGUUAUUAGCACAAGCCUAUGGCAUUUUACAUUUUAUAAAUUAGCCACACGACGAGCAGAGAUCUCCUCUGCUCACAUAAAGCCAGGAUAAAUCACACACAAGACUUAAAAUGCUAUUUUUAUUGAGGCUUUAUUGUCUUCACAAUUUAUUGUUUCUUAUCUGUGAAAUUAAAUAAAAGUUUUGUUUUCACUGAGGGAAAUGGUUUCAGCUUACAGAAACAGACAGGAGGUCUGCGUCGUCGUGACAUGUAGUUACAUUUCUGGUAAGGUGCACGUCAGGCUGCGACGUAGGGUACGUCGUUAUUUCAACGCAGAUGGAUAAGAGAAUUGUCGCUAUGUGACACAGAACUCUUUGUUUUUGUAAAAUGCAAAUGCAGCUGUAAAGGGCCUCAAUCAUUUUAUUUUACAUCUUGAUUUAUAUUCUUUGGCUUUAUUUCAGUUUUAACACAGUUUCAUGUCACAGCCCAGAUAUGAUUUUAGUUGUGUGCCUCCAUUUAAUUUAAUUUCUGACUACAAAUAAAUGCAAAUGUCGCCAAUUAGCCAUGAAAAUUUUGUAUUGUUAUUAAAGAUAUAUGCUUAUAGCUUUGUGUGCUGCCAACAAAAGGCAAAAAAAUGAAUGCACAUUUAAUUGGACACAUUUUGAUGUCAGCUGCCAUGAACAGGACUCAGUUUUUUUUCAGAUGAACACACUGAAUAUGAACAAUUGUAUGCGAGUGAACCUUAUCUGUUAUUUUAAGGCCAGUCUUUGGACCUUGCUGUUUAAAGUGACUUUGUGAUGUUCUGAUAACAUUAAAGAAAACAAACACUCCUCACUGAAAAAGUCAAUACUGCUGCGAGCAGUGAAGAGGUGGCCCGGCAACCGACUGACUGCUGAAACAAUAAAUGCAGCAGAGCGUGUUUUCUCCUGCUGUCUAAUCCUACAGUAUUUUUACUGUAACUGUGUUUCUGUGUGCGACUCACCGUGUUUUCACCUGUUGUACACAAAUCUUCAUUUAAUAAACCAAAUUACUGUUUGUUUUUAAAACACAUAUGUCAUUGUUGUCUUUGUGGAGUUGUGGGAUGAAAUGACAGACUGAACAAAACAGUAUCAAUAU